CAAGACAUGUGGUGGCGGCUACCAACAACGCAUCCGAAAUCACCCAUCAUCACUCUCUGAACGAACCACCUCUGCAAAACUCUCCAACUUCCUUGCCACACGUGGAGGCAGGGGCACCAUCGAAUUCAGAGAUGUGCGUCGAAGCAAACAGGCUGCUGUCAUUCUCCACGUGGCCAGAGUCAUCUCCUGUCCGGCCGGCGGACUUGGCACGGGCCGGACUGUACUACUUGGGUCCCAGCGACCGGGUGAGGUGCUUCUAUUGCUGCGGCGUCAUGUCUCACUGGGAGGAGGGAGAUGUCCCUGUCAAGGAGCACCAGCGACAUUUCUCCACCUGUGCUUUCGUGAUGGGCUGCAGCGACACCGGUAACAUCCCACUCGCUCAGGCCCAGGCCUCAUUUUUGCCGGACACUCAAAGCCGUGCGCGUUCUGCAUCUCCUAUGGCGAGGACGCGGGCCAGAAAUCCAAAAAUGCAUUUGAUGGUGGCCCGGCUUGCAACCUACCAGGCCUGGCCAUCCACUGCCAAUGUAGCUGCCCAUUCACUCGCAAUUGCUGGCUUCUAUUACACCGGUGAUGGAGACAAUGUGAAGUGCUUCCACUGUGACGGUGGCUUACGCAGCUGGGAACGAGGAGACAACCCUUGGUAUGAACAUGGCAAGUGGUUUCCCAGAUGUGCAUUUCUUUUACAACAGAAGGGUGAAGCUUUCGUUAAUGAAAUAAUGAUGCAGCAUCCACGGUUGUCAGAACUUAUGGAUGAGGUAUUCAGACAGAGAUCACAGAAUGCAGCAGCACAAGAUGUGAAUGGCAUCGGCUGCGCUGAUGAGACCUUGAUGAAGAGCGAUGUGGUCAAGGGUGUGCUUGAGAUGGGCUUCCUUGCACCGGUGGUGGAAUCUCUGGUGCGCACUCGCUACCUCACUAAGGGGGAGACGUACAGCUCUGUCGUUGAGCUCGUCAAAGACCUGCUUAAUGCAGAAGAAGAAUCCCCGAAGAAAUCCGCAAAUUACGUUCAGGAACAACAGAAGCCUGCUGCUGCUGCUGCUGAGAAAAAGGAACUAAAAAAUGAAGAAUCGCUGCUGCUGGAACAGGAGCUCAAGCGGCUACAGGAACAGCACACGUGCAAGACAAAUUCUGCACCACGCGAUCAGACGGUCAACCCACGCGAAGACAAAAUAAUGUUGCAGCUGUAAGUAGCAAAUACAGACGGUUACGAGCGACGAAAACCACUUCGGUUAACCGUCAUAAUUCUAAACAGUCGUAAUGUUUAUUUGUAAAAAAAAUAAAAAAAUACAACGAAACUUUUUUUUCGUAAAAUAAAACUCUAAACUAGUGGGUCACUAGUGCAACAAGCAGGCCACGUGACCUCGUGCAAAUUUAAUUUGUGUUUGCACUGUGGGACAAACCAAAUACUCACAAGAAAUUUCACGUAAAUAAAAUAUUUUACAAAAACAACUAUUUGAACAAACCCCCGUGGCCAAAACUUUGACAUUAUUUCACGUCUCCCAACCAGCACAGA